AGAGACAAGUUUGCUCAGAAGCUAGAUCGACUUGUCUAGUGAUGUUGAUCAAGAAUAUAGAUACUUCAAGGGGUCGGAAAAGUCUUGUUCACUGCGUUGCAAACUUCUGACUGAAAUCAAUAUAGCCUCUGGUAUAAAACACCGAAUCUUUAUAUAAAACCGAAUACUGUGCACUGCAGUAUUAGCUUGCAGUACCAACAACAACACAACUUUCAUAUGAAAUUAAAAUCAAGAUGUGUGUGUCAAAUAUGUCAUAUUUCAAAGAGCUUGAUGUCAUUAUAAUGCCAAUAUUUCAUGUGAUUGCAGAUGAAAUGAUAUCAUUUUUAAAGGAUAUGCACAUGUCACAACAUCAGAAUAGAUUUUCCACCCGAGCAAUUGUUCAGUAUACUGCGAUGGCUCGUCUAGUCAAAUGGUGUUUGUACAUCUUAUAUUUUAUCGGGCGCACUACAGGCCUUAUAAACUUUGAGGUGGAUUUGAAAACGGGUCGACCUAAAGUUACUAAAAGAGCAACAACAUGUGCAGUCUGCUUGCAAAUACUCAUCCUCAUCUCAGUUACUUACCAGCUGAUAAAAACGGAGUUUUUCAGCAUGUCCUUAAAGAAUGCUAACGCUCUUCAUGAAUACGCGUCUCUGUUUGUAGAAUGCUCUCGAUUGAUUUGUGUUAUCGUGGCUUUGGUCAGUCGUUGGACUCAUCGUAGGAACUACAUUCGACUCUACAACUCGUUCCGCCGGCUUUUUCAAAACCAUCCGGAGAUAGGCCAGUAUUGCCAAAGAAGCAUCAUUAGCAAGUGCCUCUGUGUUAAAAUAUCGGAGAUAAUACAAGUUGUGGCUAUUUAUUAUCUACUAACAAACAAUCUUACUAUACACGCUUGUAUAGGCAUUUGGAACAUGAUGAGCAUAACGCUUAUAGUAAAUGGAGUUGCUACCCAGUUUUUUAUUGCUAUGGCCAGCCUUCGAGGGCGCUAUAUCCAUCUUAAUAAGGAUUUGAAAGCUCUUCUAUCCGAAACACAAGCCCUUAAUCCUUGCAAGAGUGGAGUGUUUAUGACCACUUGCUGUAGCCUUGCCGAUCGCUUUGAAGAAAUGUCUAAUUCCCAAUCUGAGUUACAAGCUCUUAUCAAAUGGCUUUUAAGAACCUACCAAGUUGAGGUCGUGAUCACGACCAUCAUUAGUUAUUUAAACUUGGUGGGAAAUUUGUACGUCUUAUUCAUCUUUAGAGCAAACGUUAGCUGGAUUAUAAAUUUGCCGAAGAACGUAGCAGUUUAUUUUACUUUAUGCACAGCCUAUUACUUCAUUGAUUAUCUGCUGAACAUGUACAACAUAUUUUACGUGCUGGAAGCUCACGAAGAGAUGGUGCAACUGCUAAGUCAACGGACUCUCUUCAAGCCAGGUUUGGAUCAAAGAUUGGAGGCAGUGAUUGAAUCCUACACACUUAACCUGGCCCGAAACCCAUUAGAAGUUAGAUUUCUUGGCUUAUAUACAAGUGACAGAUUUGCAUCAUUUGCCAUACUUAACUCUUUUUUGAACCACAUUAUACUACUAAUACAAUAUGAAAUUGAACACUGUUAAAACUGUUAAAUAUAAA